UUCAUCACACGAAAAAACACAAACACAAAAGCUAUCAAUCCAAGUAUCCAAUUGACAAUACCACUUCCGUCAUCAUCUUCUUCAAUCUUUGUGGUUCCUUUUGCCGAUUACAAUGGUGAAGGAAUCGGCACGAAAGUGUUCGCAUUGCGGUCACAACGGGCACAAUUCUAGGACCUGCAACCACAUAGGGCAUGGGGUUAACAAUAACAACAAGGGGGUUUGUUUGAAGCUUUUUGGGGUGAACAUAAUGGAAAGACAGGACGAUUCUAUGAAGAAGAGUUUCAGCAUGGGAAAUCUCCAGUCUGCCGGAAACGGAGACCAAAACAACAACAUCAAUGUCGGAGCUGACGAUGCUGGCUACCUCUCCGACGGCCUCAUCCAUAACAAGAAACGCAAAGCCGCCCAUGAAAGAAAAAAAGGGAGACCUUGGACUGAGGAAGAGCAUAGAGUAUUCCUAGCCGGAUUGAAAAAGCUUGGGAAAGGCGAUUGGAGAGGUAUUGCAAGAAAUUUUGUGACAACUAGAACCCCAACACAGGUUGCAAGUCAUGCACAGAAGUACUUUCUUAGGCAGGCUACCAACGACAAGCGUAAACGAAGAACAAGUCUAUUUGAUUUGCACUUCAAAGAAUUAUCUGAACAAUAUGCUCAUCAAGAUUCUCCACUCUCACCGACAGCGAAAACAGCUGAAGCUUCUUCUUCUUCUUCAUCACCAGGUAGCAGCUCUAAAGUUCUGCCACAAAUCACUACAACUACGAACUCGCAACAGGCAAGCAUGCCAGGUCAGGUCCUGAACCGAUUUCCACAUCUAUGCUUGGAUAGCCCCCCACCUGUUGCUCAAAUGCCUGCAGCAUCUUGCAGUGUUCCUAAUUACGCUCCAGUUAUCCCAUACAUGCAGGUAGGAAUGCCUGGGACUGUACCAUAUACAGCAGCAAUGCACUAUAGCAGUCCAACUUUCCACUACAUGCUUAAGACGCAGGGUGGUAGUUUCGCUACAUGUCCACCGGUUAUUUCUCACCCAUCAGGGAUUCCAUCAUCACCGAAGUCUCUCCCAAGCAGUCCGUCGAUGGGAGUUCAUCGUAGGAACUCGUCGAUCUCUAAGAAGGAUGCUUUAGAGCUUAAAAUUGGGCAGCCACAACCAUCUCAAGGAGCCAAUUUGUCAUCCUCUUCUUCUGGGGCAAUCAGAGUCACAUAGAAAAUGACAUGUUACAUCCCUUUUUUCUUUUUGAAGUUUUGAGUUUCAAGCUGUAUUUAGAAGUAUUACAAGAAUAAUCUACAAAUUUCAUUAAAGAGGUGUUGAGUUGUACAAAUGCGGCAAAUUUUUAGUAUCAAUAUUGUUAUUUUGAUAAUCAUAUGAC